AUGGCUGCGGGAGAGGAGACAUUAGCUAUCAACAGAGGAGUUGUUUUUGAUGAGUCUAUAUCACAUUGUGAAUUACAUGCUUAUCAACCUUAUGCAUCAGCUUCACUCAACAACAACGAUGAAAUCCGGAUUGCUGUUCAACAUCAAGAUUUGUGCUCAUUGCCUUGCAAGAGUUCUCUUCAUAUUACUGGAAAAUUUACGAAAACUAAUGACACUGCUGUAGCAUCGACAACGAAAUUAGUAAACAUGGCAUUAUGUUACUUAUUUGAAGAAAUACGAUAUGAAUUGAAUGGCAUUGAGAUUGAUCGCAAUAAAAAUGUUGGUCUUACGAAUAAUACAGGUUGGAUUGUCAAUGAUGAAAAGCUUAUGGAUAACAAAGGAUACUUUGACAUUUUGUUGCCAUUGAAUAUGUUAUUGGGAUUUGCUGAAGAUUAUCAUCGCAUUAUUGUCAAUGCUAGGCAUGAACUUGUUUUAACACGUUCAAACACCGAUCUAAAUGCAAUAGUACAAGCUGCAGCUAGUACAGAUGAAAAAAUUACAUUGACGAAAAUUGAAUGGAUGAUUCCUUACAUCACAGUGUCGGAUCCAAGAAAAAUACAAUUAUUAAAUUAUAUUGCCAAGGAUCCGCCGAUAACAGUGAGUUUUCGAUCAUGGGAAACUUAUGAAUAUCCAUUGUUACCGAGAACAACGAAAAACGUCUGGAUGGUGAAAACAUCAACACAAUUGGAGAAACCGAGAUAUGUUAUAUUGGCAUUUCAAACAGCACGAAAAAAUGAUGCAACAAAAAAUUCCAGUCAAUUCGAUCAUUGUAAUUUGAGAAACGUAAAACUUUUUCUCAAUUCACAAUGUUAUCCAUAUGGCAACUUGAAUCUUGACAUAGCUCACAAUCAAUAUGCAUUAUUAUAUGAUAUGUACAAAAAUUUCCAAGAAUCAUAUUAUGGUAAAGAUUCAGAACCUCUUCUCACAAAAGAACAAUUUAUCGGAAAAGCACCUUUAAUUGUCAUCGAUUGCUCAAAACAGAAUGAAUCAUUAAAAUCUGGACCUGUGGAUGUGCGAAUCGAAUUUGAAUCUACAAAACCGAUACCCGAUAAUACAUCAGCAUAUUGUUUAAUCAUUCAUGAUCGAAUUGUUGAAUACAAACCUUUGAGUGGACAAUUAAGAAAAUUAUUAUAA